GGUCUCGUCAACAUGGCGGCUCAAGGCGCCUCCUUGACCUCAUCAUCCAACGUGUCUGCCACAUCGGUGUUGCCACCAGGAUCGCCACCGACCCGGCCCUCGACCUCAACUGCAGUCUCCAAGUCGCCCCUGGAGUCGAGGGCAAGCUCUCUGAACCCCCAACCUCGCUCCACGUGCCAGGAGGGCUCGUUGCCUCUGGCCGUGUUUUAUGGGCCUCUGGACGCCAAAAACCCGCUCCUGGCCUCCUUUGAGAAGGAGCUAAAGGAGUUGCUAGGCUUUAUGAAGAAAAAGAAGGCUUUAGAGAUAACAGAGGAAGAGAAGCAUGAAUUCCACCAGCGUUGUGCCACCUCUUUGUUCAAUAUCUGGAACAAAUAUGCCCCCCGGCUGCCAGCUGCCUAUUACGAUGAAAAGCUUCUGAAGGUUGGAGAUAGCCUUUGUGAAACGAAAGACUAUAAAUUGGCCCUUUUACAGUGCUAUGGAAGAUACCUUCAGCAGUUCAAUAUCAACUUUGAUGAGAAUCAAGUAGACGUGCAUCAAUUCAAAGCCAUCUUUUUUCCAAAAGGCUUUGGAGACAAAACUGCUGUACAUACAUUUCAUGCUUUAAAUGGCAAAUGUAUUUGCAACUACCAGCUGGUCUGUGACAGUGAUAUGAACCUACAGAAUAAAGAAUCUGUGGUCCAGUGUCUGCAUAUCUUGUCCUCCUUAAGACUCAUCAUGCAGUUGGCUCUGCCACAGGAGCACCUUUGUUGGAUUAUCUUCAAUGGUACCGUUUACAUCUACACCAUUUGCAGAAAAUUGAUGAUUAUUGGUCAGUCUUCCAAGGCCUUAGAAUUUCUCCUGUGGGCCAGUAUAUGUAUGGAGUCCUCGGUUCCACUCCUGUCUGUCAGGUACUUGACGUGGAGAGCUACUCUUUAUACUGCUGUCUGCCAGUGCUACUAUGACUGCCAAGCUGGUAUUCAUGGGGAGGCAUUUGCUCGGCGUGCUUUAGCUAAAAUUGAUGAGUUAAGGCAACUGGAAUUAAUGGGGUCCUCACAGUCACAGGAAGAAUCCAGAGGAUAUUAUAGAGAGGCCACAAUAAAGAUGGCGGUGAUGAUCUUCAAACGAGGAGUAUUUGAGUCUAGAAGAAAAAACAAAAAUUUGUUUAGACCCAAGAUAAGAGUUAACCUGAGGGAAGUACAAACUUUGCCAUGGCCACGUACUGUCACAGAACGGUUGUUGGAUGAGAUGUUUGAUAGCACUGCAUCCCAGUUUCUGGCUGUCUUGGAAGCUCUUUCUGAUUCAAAUCGGCGAACACUACAAACUGGACCUGUUGUUACAGAUGAAGUAGAAGUUCGUGAUGUUGUCUCAGAACUGUUUAUAGCAGGAAAAGAACUUUUGAUAAUGUCAAAUAUUGGUACAGAUGGAAUGCUUGGUUUUCCACAAACAUCUCUUCUGGAACUUAUUAUAAAUAGAAAAAAUGGUAUUUCUAUGGAUGCUGCUGUGAAAUUUAUAAAAUUAGCUUUUACCUAUGAGGAAUGGAGUUUAUUUGAAUCAUCAUCUGGGCAGCUUAUUGAUUUUCUCCAGAGACAGGAUGAUCCAGAGUCAAAGAAAGCAGAGAAGGAUUUAACUCUUCUUAUUGCAAUAGAACCUUUAAUCAAUGUGAAGAGGAACAAAGGUUUGAUUUUUCCUUUGGAAAACUACAGAGAAGAACAGUCAGCGUUUUACAUUAAAAGAAUUGCUUUUCAUGAAUCUUGUAUGAAGACUUAUGGAUAUUCAGAAGACAUUUUCCAUUUAGCAGCAACCUUGUAUUCCUGUGUCUGCACCUCUCCCCAGGAAGUUCAGCCUGAUAAAGAAAUCGUUGUGGAUGUGAUAAUGUUCCUGUGGCAGAAAUGUAAAUUAGGAAUUCAGCGGAUCAAUAUACCUAGAAAUGACUGUACAAAAUUCAUCGAGAAAAUCAGUACUAAUAAAUGGGUUUAUCUUCUGUGGCAGAUAAAUGAAGUAAUUCACUGCGGUAAAAUGGAAGACGUUGACAUUGUAGUGGUGGCAGAGGUCACAUUACGAUUAAGUGAAAUAUUGGAGUCUUUAGGAAACUCAAGAAGAAAAUUUAGAAAAUCUCUAGAGGCAUCUUUAAGAAAAGGGAAUGAUGAAUCCCUUGGGACUCCAAAUGAGGGCCUGGAAAUUCUUCCAAUAUUAAAGAAAAAACCCUUGGAACAGUUAUAUUUGGCUUAUGAACUUCUUGACAAAGCAAUUGAUAGAAUAAAUUUCAAUUGCAUGUUAACUACUUUGCCAAAUGGAUCAUCAGUGAUUGAUCAUUGCCACGCCAAGUACACCCCCGAUAUAGAUGGAGAUGCUUCUAAACCAGUUACACCAAAUAGCUUCAUGAUGGAUUUGAAUCUUGAACUAAUUCAAGCUCAGCACCGAAUAGCUGUUUUGCUUCUUGACCAGUUGCAAGUUUUGCAGACUCCAACUGUUAGCAAAAAUAUAUCUACCAAAAUUCCAGAAAAGCUAAAACAAUCUGGAAGCAUUGAUUGUUUUACAGAGUUAAGUGUAAUGAAUAAAAUAAGGAAGAAUAAGCUAUCCAAAGCGAUUUAUUUGAUGCAGAAAGCUCUUACAAUAUUUGAGAAAGAUUCAACCUCUACAUCUUCACAUAACUUUUUGAUGGAAGCAUAUUCUUUAAUUGAGAAGGUCGAAGUAGAACAACAUACUCUAUAUUCAUAUCAGAAAUAUGUGGAAAGUUCAAAAAGAAAGAAAAGCAGAAUCCCUCCUCCACCUAUUGUGCUGUCUCGAACUCAUUGUUCUGUGACCUUGAAACCUGCUCCAUUUAUUUCAGAUGUUAAGGUGUCGUGGUACUGCAUUUUGGGUUGCAAAGCAGAAGGAAGCUAUGGAAAAGUAAGACUAAACAAUAAUCAUCUCCCAAACUCAGGAGAGGCGAUACCAGCUGAUGAUAAAAGCAUUUUUGAAGUGAAAGGUUUAGAAACCAAUGAAAAAUACAUUUUUGCAGUUGCUGCUUAUUCUUCUAAUGGGAAGCUUGUUGGUGAUGCUACUGGGGAGACAACUAAACCAAUUCUGGUUUAUCCACCUCUUUCUGCUGUUACUGCUCGUAUGUUCCUGACACAGGUUGCCUAUCAGAUUGGUAACUAUGAGUUGGCAAAGAAAGUUUUCUCACCCGUCUGGGAUUAUUUUGUUGCUUCACCACCUCACAGUGAACAAUCUGUUAUUUGUUUAAGCAACAUAAUGACUAUUACACAGAGAAGAUUACAUUCAGAUAUUUUGGCAGAGACUUCUUCAAUCCUCUUAUACCUUUUUCUUAGAAAUAUUUUUGUGACAAGUGACAUUAAAAUUAAAGAAGAAAAUCUUUUCUGUGACAAUAUUAAAGGCAAUGAAAUUUUCCCCUCUCAACAAAUUGCUAGACUAAUUGAAUGUGAAAGAGUAUUGGUGGCAUUGGAACUUAGCAACUACCUGAAUGAUCCCAGUUAUACCCUUCAAGCUGUGACUCAAUGUUAUGGCCUCCUUGCUCCUAUAAUCUAUCACAAUAUUGUUUUGGUACCCGUUGUGCAGAUCUUGAUAAAGUGUGUAGUGGUUUUGCAAGGACUACCAAGUAUCAUCUCCUCAAAGAAACAUAUUGAGAGUUUUGAAAGUGUACAGCACAUGAUAGCUUGUUGCAUCUUCUACAUAACAAAGAUUCUGCGUUCAUGGAAGGAAUACGACCUGGCAGUAAUUAUUAUAAAUUAUGGGAAAAAGAUGUUGGACAUCACAUUAGGAUGCCAGUCGCUAUUUGGUACUACUGACCAAGAAGAAAUACAAGAGGAGGGUUCUCCUAAGAAGUUUUCCAAGACUAAGAGGCCACAGCAGAUAUUGUCACCUGAAAAAAUAAAUGAACAGCUCACCUUGUUGGAGACACACCUUCUCAAAAUGACAAAGCAAUAUACUACAACUGAGCUCUCAGGAACAGAAGACCCUAUAUUUCUUUACCCUAUAGUUUUAAAUUGGUCAGUCAAAGGUGCUGUGAAAGAAGUUAUGAAAUUUAAGCAGAAACCUAGAUUCCUGGAAUUUUUUACGCAAGUUAUGCUAAAAUGUAUGCAUGCUGAAAAAUUUCACCUUAUGGUGGAGAUAACAAAUCCUGUCUAUGACUUCUUGAAAAGGAGAAAUGAGUCCCUACUUGGAAUGAAAAAACUGAAAUAUAAGGACAAUAUUUUCUGUAAAAAGUUGACUAAACCUGUGAAGAAGUUCAGAGCUGUAGUAAUGGAGAUUGGAAGAACUGCAGAAAUACAAAGAAAAAAUGUUAAAAAAAUGGAAACUCUAAGAGAAUUUUUUUCCAGAAAUCCAUGUAUUUCUGAAAUGAUGGAACAUGAAAGAAAUAAGAGAAUUGAUGUUAGAAAAGUAGCACACCGAUUCUUGGUGGAUAACGUGAAUCCUCUAAUAUUUGAUCAUGUUCAGAAAAAGAGGUUUCAUCAAAUGUGUCUUGAAGAGAUGCCCUGGAAGGCUCAGAUGAAUCUGUAUCUGGCAAGCGCACACUUCAACCUGCUUUUAAUAAAGCUAGUGGAACGGCCGAAGAUGAAAUUUUGCACUUCACAUGCAGUGGUCAGUUUCCGAUCAUGUGAUCCUAAUAUGUUCUCACUAUAUAAUUCAGGAACAGUAUUACCAACAGGAAAAUUGACUCUAGAAAACUAUAAAGUGAUGCUUGAUUUCAUUCAUACAGCUAAAAAAAGAAAGGCCAACUUACCAUCAGAUGCUGAAGAAUUUUUGGAAUUUAUUAAUUCCAAAGCGAGUGACGAAAAUGAUUCCAAGACACAAACAGUUUAUGACUCAGACUUUCAAUCAGGUCUUAGUGCUAAAGAAAAGGAUCAAUCACCAAGUUCGGGUCUAUUGGAUCACUUUAUAAAAAUCUUUUUAUAUUGCAGGAGAGCAAUGGUUCUUGCUCAUCGUGGUGGCUAUUGGACUCUGCUUCAGAACUGCUGUCGGGCCCUUUGGAACUUUACUCAGGAAAUACAGAUACUUCUCAAACAAGCACUGGAUCAGUGUAAAAUAUUUCCUAUUAGUCAGGAUGGUCUCCUCUGUACCUCUGUUUUACCAUUCUAUUUGGGAGCAGAAUUACUUAUUGACAUGUUAAUAGAACUACAAAAUACCAGUUCUAUUAAGAUUAUUGAAGAAAAAGGAGAAUUCAGUGUUCCAAGUUGCUAUGGAAAUAUUAAAAACGAUAAUGGUGGUUCUAGCCUUAAUUUUGAGCAUCCUUUGGAUGAUGUAAAUAUGGUUGAUUUGAAAUGGAUUCAUGACUUUGUAUUAAAAUCUCUGGAGCUUUUAUAUCAAGUAGAAAAAUGGGAAGCACUAGUAUCACUUGCCAUUCAGUUCAAUACAAUUUCACAUGAGAGGUAUACAGAGCAAGUGACACCACUCCUGGUAUAUGCACAACGCCAGCUUCUUCUAAGAAUAUCCAAGUUCAAGGGCCCAGAUAUUACCCAACAACCUUGUGUAAGAUAUGAGGCUGAAUAUAAAGAGAAGAUAACCUGCCGAAAUUUUAUUGGGAAGCAGCUCAAGAUUAAUCCUUUGGCCAACAAACUGACAGAUACAGGAAACUACAUAGAUUUCCUAGGAAAGCUUAUCUCUUCAGAAUACAGCCAAGCCAAAGAGCUCGUCUGUGUGCCUGUGGAUGUGACAGACACUUUGAGAUGCUUUAGAGAGACCUUGGAAAAAUCCAAAUAUCAUAACAGAUCAAUCCGACACAGCAGAAAGUUGCUUUCAUUAUUUCUUGCCCAGACACAAGGAGACAAAGGGGGUAUAAACAAUUCAAAAUUUACGUCUGGAAAGGUGGAAUUUUGCCUGGGGACAGAAGAGAUGCAUAUGCCCACACCCCCUGACCUUUCUCAGGAAAACUUCAGAGUUUUUAGUUCAGUGGAGAAAAGCAAACUUCCCUAUUCACAACUUGGACUUGUAAUUUCUUCUUAUUAUGGAACUAUUGAUGUUCUCCAAGCCAGCAAUCAAAGAAGUCUUAAAGUUCAAGCGUUGCAUGAACUUGGAAGUCUUCUUGUCUUCGCAGGAAAGAAAAGGGCUGCUUUUAAAUGUUGGUGUCAAGCUCUUGAUGACAUAUUCAGAAAACAAGAUGUGCUACAUACAUGGAAAGAGUUGGGCACCUCGCUCACGAGUGCCACCGACAGCUGUUCACCUCCCGGUUCCAAAGACUACAGUGAGGAAUUUCUGUCAAAAGUUGGCGUUUGGGGAUGUUUGCAAGGAGCGGUCAUAUCAGCAAAGAUAGCCCAAUUUAUUAAGAUGUUGGAUGUUGAGAAGAGAACUGACUGUUGCAUUUUGUCUGCAUUACUCUUUCAGGGUUUGCUGAGAACCACACUUCUGCACCCCAAAGCUGAACGUUGCUACGCUCAGUAUGAAAUCACUCAGCUUCUCCCAGGAAUCGAACUCUUCUCAGAUAGCUACAGGGCUAACAUAUGCUCUGUAGUUGCAAGCCUAUAUUACAUUAUACGUGAACUGCACUUUGCUAAGCAAAAUAUCAUAGUUCUGCCUCUCCUUGCAUUGUACCAGUAUUUUGUUUUCGGAAUUUGCCAAGACCUAGUCAGAAAUCUAGAAGCAAGAAUCCUCAAGAUAGAAGUCCUUAUAGAUUUAAGAUUCUUUUCUGAAGCCUUUCAUGAGAUGUCCCAGAUUUUUCAUGGAAAACACAUACCUGCCUUAAUACCCGCUGGUUCUAAAGCUGCUGGAAAAGUGAAGGUAUUCCAAUCAUUUGACUCCGGAAAACCUCUUACUCAUAAAGAAAAUAUACAAGCACUUGAUGAAUUAAUAAAUAAAGGCUUGCCUCAAAUUCUGGUUAUAGUUGGCCACAAACAUCUCUUAAAUAAGUUUUCUUUUGUUAAAGCAUACUUUUUAAUAAAUGUGGCUGCAACAAUAAAUUGUGUCCCAGAAAAUCUGUUGAAAACUGUCUCCCAUGGAUUCGUUCCCGAAAAGAGCAAAGCAAUCCUCCAGAACUUGAAAGAGUUAUGUUUAAAGGAUGAUGGAGGCUCAUUUAGUCGUCUUACAAAAGUGAAUGACUUUACUCUUAUCAAAGUAAAGUCUAUUUUACUGAUGGAAGCUGAAGAAAAGCUGAACUUCCUUGUGUUGGAGAUGGAGCAUCCAGACCACAAGAACUUCUCUCAGUGUUCUGUGGGCGAGCUGGAGAUGGUGGUGGAGGCCAGGCUUCAGCUGGCUGCAAUUGCCCUGCAGAGACACCGGGCUGCAUAUAGUGCUGCAAUAGUAUUUUCCACACUUAAACUUCUCCAGGAUUCAAAACUUUUUAAAAAGAAGGAAGUACAACCUGAAACAGAGAGUUGCAUCUCUCCUAGAGCUUCUGCCACUGGAAAUAAAGACGAUAAUGAGUUUCUAGAUCCUAUUUCAUUAAAUUCUCGAGAAUAUUUCAACAUUCAUCUGUGGUUGAGGUGCCGCUUAGCACUGGUGACUGCAUUUGUUGCACAGAUCCGUGGCAUUGGAAUUGUGAAAGAAAAUGAUAUGACGGAUUAUGUUAGCCUCAUCAAUGAAGUGUGCGUGGAAGCAAAAAGUGCAGGCGAUAGGGAGCUACAGGCUGAAUUCUUGAUGCAAGCUGUAAUCAUUGGCCUGCAAGAAAAGCACUUAAAGGCAGACAUCAUAACAAACCUUCAGGCCAUAAUACGUUUGCUUGAAGGAAGUGAGUUUAUUUCUCCUCGAUCUUGUUUAACCUUGGUGAGAAGCAUGCUUUUGCUGGAUGACUUAACAAAAGCUGAGAAAUUCAAAGAAACUCCCUCUUCGAAAACAGAAAAAUUAGAUUUGUUGACUCGGUCUCACAACAUUCUUAUUGAGCAGAUGUUAACUUUUGGAGAGACAAUAGAAUUUCUUUCAUCAAACACUGCUUAUGCAAAUCCAUUACAGCCUUUGAAAAAUGUCUAUCUCCCUCAUAUCAUGUUAUUGGCCAAAACAAAAAUGAGAAUUGGACAUACAGCGGCCAAGCAAGUGUAUUGUAGUAAUAAUAUAAUGAAAAGUAAAAAGAAGGAUCCCUCAAAGUGGUUCCCUGCUCUUCAACUUUUUGAAAUAGCAUUGAAACUCUGUAAGAUAUCAGCAACAGAAGAACAUGAGGUGGAAGCUGAAAUCCUUUUUCAGAAAGGCAAAAUAGAACGUCAAGUAUUAAUGGAAGAGAAAUCUCCUAAUGCACAACUUGAGAGUUUACCUGAAGCUAUACAACUAAGCUUGAGACAUGAUCAAAACUCAGGGUUGAUAAGGGACUCCUACCUAGAGAUGGCCCUAUUAUAUUUACAUCUGAAGAAGCCAAAGAACAAGCUUUCAGUAAGACCAUUAACUCCUAAGGUUCCUCCUAGAAAGCAUAGUUCUAUUGAAGAACCAGCAGUAAAUAGAUUUGAAAUGUACAAUUCAUUGGCCUGGAUUGCAAUAAGAGCUGCUGCACAGGUCAAUGAAGCUGUGCUGGCAGUUAACCUACUUAUCGGAAAGAAAAAUGCUAGAACUGAUAAAGUUAGUCAAGGCGUAUUGCCUAACAUCCCAGAAUUUGCCAUUAUGGAUCUUUUGUCUUCAUACACAGAUUAUUUGCUUGAUAACUACCAAGUUGUUUUCCAGGCUGGCUAUACAUUUUUUAACCCAAGUGAUAAUGUAUAUGACAAUACAGAUGCUAGAAAAAAGACUCAGACUAAGGUGGAUAUUACAUGGAUUCUUCUAUUGCGCUACUAUAUUCAUCUGCAGAGAAUUAAUAAUAUGAGCAAGCUUCUAGCAUCUCCAAAGCCAGGUGCUGGAAUUUCUUUGCCAAAUGAUACACUUUUAACGUCCCUUUUCAACUCUGGGUUGAUUUUGCGCCAAAAAGAAAUGGAUGUUUUCCUUAAAAGAUUCUUACAGCUGUAUUGUUCCUCUUGUAUUGAUGAAUUUCCAAGAGAACUAUUGCAAGGAUUAGAAAAUUCACCUUUUUCAGAAAAAGUCUUACAUGACUCAUCAGCCAAGAUCCUUGCCAGCCCAUCUUCUGUAGAGCCGAUAUCUUCAGAUAGGGCAGCACAAACAGCACAAGCUUUAAACAAAGAACUCUGCUUUCAGUGGUACAUUCCUCCCCUGGAAAGACCUCCAAAGGAAACGGAACCUAUGGUUUUAUUAUUGUAUGCAUAUAAUACGAAGCCCCUGAAGGUUUCCGAUGUUGAAAAUACCACUUACAGCGAUGCAUGUGUUGGCUCUUUCUGGGUUCCACUGAACAGAGUUAUUUCAAUUCAUGAGAAACUGUUUAAUCUUAUGCAAAUAGCUGAAAUAUCAUUGCCAGCAAUUUCUGAAAUUACUCCAGAUGAAAAUGUAUCUGAAAUACGACAAAUGGAAGAGAAAUCAAUUGAUAAAGAAAUGGAAAACAUGAUUAUUGAAUGUUGCUCUGAAAUAAGAAGUCUGUUUUUGAGUGAUAGAGAGACAUCACCACUAUCUGAGGUCCCAUUUGAUAUCUCACUGUCAUCUCUAUUCAGUCUUGAGAAACUGUUUGAUCUUGCUCAUGGUUGCAUCAUAUCAGGAGGAAGCGUUUUCAACUGGAUUGUGUCGAUUAUUCCCUAAACAUCC